UGUUCAAUGGGCGAUGUCUGAGGGAGGUUGUCACUCAGGUGGCGGUGGCAGAGGCCGGGCUAAGACGUGGCCAGGGGCACGCGGCUGGCUGUCCAGGCAUUGGGGCGGCGUCGGGGUCCCUAGCGCGUCUUCGCCCUAGUCGGGCUCCGAGCGGCAGGAAAGGCAGGCGCCGGCGGCUGCACCUCCAUGCCCACGCGCGGGGAGGGCCGCUGAUGGAGCGCGCCACCCGCCCGGGGCCGCUCGCGCGGGCGCUGCUACUGCUGCUGCUGGGGCUUGUGGCAGGGACGGUGGCCGCGGGGCGCGCUCCCGACCUCCCUGUGCCGAGGGCGGAGGCGGCGUUUGGAUUGGGGGCUGCGGCCGCUCCCACCUCGGCCGCGCGGGUGCCGGCGGCGGGGUCUGUGACUGCGGCAGAGGUGACGGUGGAGGACGCCGAGGGGCUGCCGGCGGCCGCAGGCGACCAGGAGCCGCAGGAGCCGGAACCCGACGACGUGACCGAGCUGCGGCCACGCGGCAGAUCGUUAGUGAUUAUCAGCACUUUAGAUGGGCGAAUUGCUGCCUUGGAUCCUGAGAAUCAUGGUAAAAAGCAGUGGGAUUUGGAUGUGGGAUCCGGUUCCUUGGUUUCAUCAAGCCUUAGCAAACCAGAGGUAUUUGGGAAUAAGAUGAUCAUUCCUUCCCUGGAUGGAGACCUCUUCCAGUGGGACCGAGACCGUGAGAGCAUGGAAACAGUUCCUUUUACCGUUGAGUCACUUCUUGAAUCUUCUUAUAAAUUUGGAGAUGAUGUUGUUUUGGUUGGAGGAAAGUCUCUCACUACAUAUGGACUCAGUGCAUAUAGUGGAAAGGUGAGGUAUAUCUGUUCAGCUUUGGGUUGUCGCCGAUGGGAUAAUGAUGAAAUGGAACAAGAGGACAUCCUGCUUCUGCAGCGCACCCAGAAAACCGUUCGAGCUGUUGGACCUCGUAGUGGCAAUGAGAAGUGGAAUUUCAGUGUUGGCCACUUUGAACUUCGGUAUAUUCCAGACAUGGAAACUAGAGCCGGAUUUAUUGAAAGCACCCUAAAACCCAGUGGAAGCAAAGAAGAGUCUAAAAUUAUUUCAGAUCUGGAAGAACAGGAAACUGCCAUGUUGGACACAGUGAUAAAGGUCUCAGUUGCUGAUUGGAAGGUUAUGGCGUUUAGUAAAAAGGGCGGACAUCUGGAAUGGGAGUACCAGUUUUGUACUCCCAUUGCAUCUGCCUGGUUGGUUAAGGAUGGCAAAGUCAUUCCCAUCAGUCUUUUUGAUGAUACGAGUUAUACAUCUAAUAAUGAAGUUUUAGAAGAUGAAGAAGACAUUGUGGAAGCUGCCCGAGGAGCCACAGAGAACAGCGUUUACUUGGGAAUGUACAGAGGCCAGCUGUAUCUGCAGUCGUCAGUCAGAAUUUCAGAAAAGUUUCCCACAAGCCCCAAGGCCUUGGAAAACGUCAAUGAUGAAAAUGCGAUUAUCCCUUUGCCAACAAUCAAAUGGAAACCCUUAAUUCAUUCUCCUUCCAGAACUCCUGUCUUGGUAGGGUCUGAUGAAUUUGACAAAUGUCUUAGUAAUGAUAAGUUUUCUCAUGAAGAGUACAGUAAUGGAGCACUUUCAAUCUUGCAGUAUCCAUAUGAUAAUGGUUACUAUCUACCAUACUACAAGAGGGAGAGGAACAAGCGGAGCACUCAGAUCACAGUCAGGUUUCUUGACAACCCAAACUACAGCAAGACCAUCCGCAAAAAGGAUCCGGUUCUCCUCUUGCCCUGGUGGAAAGAAAUAGUUGCAACUAUUCUGUUUUGUAUCAUAGCAACAACUUUUAUCGUGCGCAGACUUUUCCAUCCUCAUCCUCACAGGCAAAGGAAAGAAUCUGAAACUCAGUGUCAAACUGAAAAUAAAUAUGACUCUUUAAGUGGAGAAGCUAAUGACAGUGGCUCGAAUGACGUAAAAAAUUCUGGCUACGUAUCACGGUAUCUGACAGAUUUUGAACCGGUUCAGUGCAUGGGUCGUGGCGGGUUUGGAGUUGUCUUUGAAGCUAAAAACAAAGUAGAUGACUGCAAUUAUGCUAUCAAGAGAAUCCGUCUCCCCAACAGGGAAUUGGCUCGGGAAAAGGUAAUGCGAGAGGUUAAAGCCUUAGCCAAGCUUGAACACCCAGGAAUUGUUAGAUAUUUCAAUGCUUGGUUGGAAGCACCACCAGAGAAGUGGCAAGAAGAAAUGGACGAAAUUUGGCUGAAAGAUGAAAGCACAGACUGGCCACCCAGCUCUCCUAGCCCAAUGGAUGCACCAUCAGUUAAAAUACGCAGAAUGGAUCCUUUCUCAACAAAAGAACAUAUUGAAAUCAUAGCUCCUUCGCCAAAAAGGAGCAGGUCUUUUUCAGUAGGCAUUUCCUGUGGCCAGACAAGUUCAUCUGAGAGCCAGUUCUCUCCACUGGAAUUUUCAGGAACGGACCAUGGAGACAUCAGUGGGUCGGUGGACGCAGUGUACAAUCUCCAAGACAGUUGCCUUACAGACUGUGAUGUGGGAGAUGGUACUAUAGAUGGCAAUGAUGAGGGGCACUCCUUUGAACUUUGUCCUUCUGAAGCUUCUCCUUAUGUCAGGUCAAGGGAGAGAACAUCCUCUUCUAUAGUAUUUGAAGAUUCUGGCUGUGAUAAUGCGUCCAGUAAAGAAGAGCUCAAAACUAACCCACUGCAUAUCGGCAACCAUGAUGCUGAUAAACUGACUGCUUUGAAGCAUUCCAGUAGCAACUCUUCUUCUGAACCUACUUUAUCUGUUUCUCCUCCAAGACCAACCACUUUAAGUUUAGAUCUCACUAAAAACACUACGGAAAAACUCCAGCCCAGUUCGCCGAAAGUGUAUCUUUACAUUCAGAUGCAGCUAUGCAGAAAGGAAAACCUCAAAGACUGGAUGAACAGUCGAUGCACCAUAGAGGAGAGAGAGAGGAGCAUGUGUUUGCACAUCUUCCUGCAGAUCGCGGAGGCAGUAGAAUUUCUGCACAGUAAAGGGCUCAUGCACAGGGACCUCAAGCCUUCCAACAUAUUCUUUACAAUGGACGACGUAGUCAAGAUCGGAGACUUUGGGUUAGUGACUGCAAUGGACCAGGACGAGGAAGAGCAGAUGGUUCUGACCCCAAUGCCAGCAUACGCCAGACACACAGGACAAGUGGGGACCAAACUGUAUAUGAGCCCAGAGCAGAUUCAUGGAAAGAACUACUCUCACAAAGUGGACAUCUUUUCUUUAGGCCUCAUCCUAUUUGAAUUGCUAUACCCAUUUGGCACUCAGAUGGAGAGAGUCAGGAUCUUAACCGAUGUAAGAAAUCUCAAAUUUCCACCACUAUUUACUCAGAAAUAUCCUCGUGAGCACGUGAUGGUUCAAGACAUGCUGUCUCCAUCCCCCAUGGAACGGCCUGAAGCUACAAACAUCAUUGAAAAUGCUGUGUUUGAGGACUUGGAGUUUCCAGGGAAAACAGUGCUCAGACAGAGGUCUCGCUCCGUGAGCUCAUCAGGAACAAAACCUUCCAGACAGCCCAGCAACUCCCAGAGCCCUUUGCCGAGCAGUUAGCCUUAAGUUGUUCCGAACUCCGAACACGUGACACAGAAUAGCCUCCUCUUACAUGUGGCUUUCCAAAAUCGUGGACUUGACAAUGUUGUUCUUUGCUCAAUUUUGUUUAGGACUACUUUUUCUAAGUGAAAUUUAAACUGGACUUUGGGGCGUCACCUAAUUUGAGCCAACUCUUGAUUUUUGCGCUACUCGAGGAGAGGGCUAUCACUCGAUCGCGUGUGGUCCUUUUUCUUCGUUGGUUUCUUGAAACUGGCUGGCCACGCUUUAUAGCCCUCACCUUUUGCCUAGGGACGUGGAAGCAAUCCCUAAAAUACAGAGAGAAUUAAAAGGAAAAUAUUUUUAUACUACAGAAGAAUGAAAAUCCCUAUAUGUGGUAACUAUAUUGUUCUAGAAUAUGCUUUCUAGAGAUACGGUGGUGGUUAUGAAACUGAUUUCCAAAAAAGCUGACUCCGUUUUUGUCCCUGGUGGGUAAAUUAGGAAUCUGCACUAUUUUGGAGGACAAGUGGCACAAUUGUAUAAUGGUUUAUGUCCCGAGCUAGUUUUAUAGUGACCUUUGUAGCGUUAAAUAGCUUUAUUCCUUAGAUGGUUCUAGGGAGAAUUUUAGGAGCUUUUUGUACUUUUACCUCCAAUAAAGGGAGAAUGAAGCUUUUUAUGUAAAUUGGUCGAAAGUUUUGGUUUGGGGAAGAAAAAAGCCGCAGUAAGAAAUGAAUCAUAUAUUACAACUAACUUCUUCAAUUAUGGACUUUUUAGACCUAAUAAAUUCUCAAGUGUCUCAUAUGUAAUCCUGUAGGUUGGUACUUUUCCAAAACUGAUUAUAAAUAAUAGUUUAAUCAUCUAACUUGCUAACAUGUUUUUAUUUUUCACUGUAAAUAUGUUUAUUUUUUAUUUAUAAAAAUUCUGAACUCAAUCCAUUUGGGUUGGUGGUGUACAGAACACACUUAAGUGUGUUAACUAUUGUGACUUCUUUCAAGUCUAAAUGAUUUAAUAAAAGUUUAAAAAUUA